GACGCCGUUUGAAGAUUGCCACAUUCCCAAGAAAACCUCGCGGAUUUAUAUAGAUCCUUCCGCUGCCCAAAAAAAAAAAAAAAAAAAGUUUCAACAACUCAUUACAAAAUUAGCGACAGUAACAAAAUUAUUAAUCGUCCAUUUUCACAACAUACCUAAAUCAUAAUGGCAACGGAACAACCAAAACCUGCAACUGAAGACGUGAAAAUGGAUCUGUUUGAGGAUGAUGACGAAUUUGAAGAGUUUCGAAUUGAUCAAGAGUGGGAGACGAAAGAGGAAGGGAAAGAAGUUACUCAGCAAUGGGAAGAUGAUUGGGAUGAUGAUGAUGUCAAUGAUGACUUCUCUCUACAACUCAAAAGGGAAUUGGAAAGCAACACGGAGAAGAAAUAAUCAAAUCUGCACAGGGUUGUUUCUCUUACUCAAGAUUGGACCAUAGAUUUUCUGUUCGGUUCAGAUGUUUCCCAUUAUGUAGUACUCUUUGUUUCACCAAAUGCAAUGAACCUUACUAUUUACCCUUAAGCGUAUGUAUUGAUAAAUUUGGAUGCUCUAACUGGUCUGUAAUGCAGAUCUCUAUUAAUUUAGUUUGAGCACAAAGAAGUUGAGAUAUGCCAAAUGUUUAGACGUAAA